AUGCAGGCAGAGUACUCCAUAUACAAUGUACUGGCCUAUCCUGCGCUGGAAGAGGGUAUAUACAUCCAGUGUACCUCAUGCAUGCACCCUGCAUACACAGAAGAACUUGUCACAGCCAGUGUACCCUCAUUAUUCUUCAAGCUACGUAUGAGUAUGUACUCCGUAAGUAUGUAUGAACAGACAGAUAUGCUGCUCCAGGUCGUUUCCAUCUCAGGACUGCCCGUACCAUAUACAUAUAUACCUAUACUUAUACCUAUACUGAAGCCACCUUUUUUUUUAGAGGGAAAGAAAAAGAAAAGAUUUUUGAAAAAUAAGUGCACUGACCAAAAGAGUACAAGUGUGUACGGUGUGGUACACACAAACGAUACUCUGGUUGCUGGAGGUUCGCAGAAUGGGACGUUUCUUUUGGCAACAGAGGAUCCAGAGAAGAGGAGAAGGAUGAGCGGACUGGGGACUGGCCGUUUCCCCAAGCGCCGUCUUCUUGUUAUAUUCCCGCCGUCUCCCACCACCUACCCUCCAUCAAGCAGAGAGAGAGAGAGAGACAGAGAUCUGGUUUCACCCUGGGCUGCAUCUUCAUACGAAUUCCUAAAAAAAGAUAUAUAUCCUCAACCCCCAUCACGCAGCUGGCCCCCCUCCCCGCCUCCUUCCAUCGAACAUUCGAUUGCAAACGGCGGCUGGAGUCGACAAACGCUCGUCGUGGGAUCUGAUAUAUUCAUACCUGGAGAGAGGCUCCUUCAUUUCUUUUCUCUACCGUCUCACGCCGUCGAUUGCUGUUCAACAUACAAUACCCCUUCAGUACCCGGGUUUAGAGAGUAUAGAAUCGGCCUGGUGGCAGUUGACCUGCCUCGAUUAUCCACAGUAGUUAAACAAGGCGAAGAUAUAUCUAUACACACAUGUCAACGUCUACCUGAUAUCGAGACAAGAAGCCUUUGCUGCCGCCCUUUCUGCUCUUUCUCUUUGGACCCUGCAUCAUGCAUUCAGAUGUUCCCUCCAGUUAAUAACAAUCAGACGAUAGACUACAUGAUGAGACGCUCGUCUUUCAACUCUCGACCUCUAUCUGAAGCAACGGAAAUCCAAGAUCUCGACUAUGAGGUUGAGUAUUCCGAACCUGAGUCGCCACGACGAAGCAUAGAAUCAUUUGGGACUGACAGCGCUACUACUCUCUCGCUCUCAGAUGAGCCUCCAACUCCUGGUCCCUAUGAGGCCAGGGCCUUUGAGCUUCCAUCACGAAACUUAAGUAAGCCAGUACAAGGGCCAUCAGGCCCUCAUCUAUUCAGGGGUUCUAUGGAUAGCACAAUGCUCGAAAAGCCAGCAGUCGAGGAAUGGCAAUUGUCGAUGUCUCCAGUUUCUCUUGAAGAUAUCAAAGUCCCAAUGUGGGCACCACAGGAACGAAGGUCUUCUGAGCCUGCCCAAAUUCCAGAGAUACCAAGGACAUCUACCAGAAUGUCGCACCAGAAACAAAACAAUCCGUCAUUUGUCCAAAAUUGGACCCCAACCCAAGUGGCUGAAUGGAUGUACGAGGUUGGUGUGGAGGACAGCAUGGUCGAACGCUUCAUUCAAAACGACAUCUCCGGCGCCGUCCUUCUCGACUUACACAUUGAUGACCUUAAGGAAUUGGAUAUUCAGUCCUUUGGCAAGCGCCACUACCUUAUGAACAUGAUCCAGACCUUAAGGAACGCUACUGACCCUAACUCCAUACCGGAACUUGCACGGGUUAACUCUUCAAUGUCAAACAGCCCCCCGCUAGCAAAAGCCGACUCCCCCGAGUGCACGACAUAUGCGUCUCCUGAUGGCGGUGCUAGGCAUAGCCCGCCCGCCCCCAAGAGACGCGGACGCCGCAACCGUGUCAUUUCAGAGGAAGACAUAAUAUCACCUGCCGAAUCCGUUUCCAUUGUUGCUAUAGAGCAGCUUCUCCCUAAGCCCCACAAGUGUUCCAAGGGAGAGAACUGCUCUAAGUACCAAAAGAGACAGCGGAAGCUCGCCCGGAUUGCAAAACAGUUUCCUAACGAGUUUGCCCUCAUAGAUGGUGAGCUUGUGGCAACCACAAACCAAGUUGUGCCUCCAACUCCUGCCAUGACCCAGAUAAGCCGAAAAUCUGACGCCGCUCCCUCUCUCGUUGCCUCCUCUGAUGUGCUCGGUCCGGGCCUGCUCCCAGAUCUACAUCCCGAACUACAACUCAAUGCUGAGAAUCUGAACGGAGUUCGACCACGAGACCCGCAGGAGAAUGUCCGGCAGUUUCUCACUUUCCAGCAUAUGCAUAGCCCUGACCUUAAUUCGGCUUCGACAAAUCAGCCCCUGGAAAUGUUUCCGCCUCUGCCUUCUCAGGAACAGCCCGUCCAUGUAUCCAACCAGCUUCGAUCUCUCCCAAAACUUACUAUUCCAAAUCAAACUCAAUCUGUCAGCGAUCCUGCGUCUGCUCUGCGCACUGUCACCCCUUCCAUGGGCGCUCGAGUUGUGAAUUCACCCACUGCAACCCAGGAAUACAACCCCUACGCUUUUGAUGAUAACAACACAUAUCGUCAUGGAACUCCAUUUUCCGAGAUGGAUGUUCCCAUCACCGCCGUACCCGUUGAGCCUUUAGCCAGAGAAGCAUCCCAGUCCGUUCCUCCAGGCAUGAGAUACGGAAAUAUCCCAACACGACAGCACCAGACUCCCGAGCCCCCUGUCCGCUCGAGAUCAACCAGGCCUGAACGCCAUCGCCGACACCCAUCCGUCAAUACCAUGACCCCUUUGCAUGAGAUCGAAAGCCUCUCACCAAUCGAGAACCCAUCGGACAUGGACGCUGCCACCAAGCCUCAGCCACCCGUCACCCAACAACCUGGUUCCACAGGAUCCUCCUCAUCCUCAUCAGCACAGAAGGAUCCAGAUGUCACCCACAGCGGGUGGAUGAAGAAACGCAGAACUACUCGCCUCCUUCGACAUGAAUGGCAAGAUGCGCACUUCACACUCAAAGGAACCAUUCUUGCCAUGCACAAGGACGAGUUUGAUACCCACCGCCAUAGCAGGGCUCUCGAAUCCAUUGAUGUGGAUGACUAUGCUGUUGCCUGCUCCUCUCUUGCAUCCAACUCCAAGCUUACUGCAGCCUUCAAGCGCUCUGUUCUCCGCAAGGCCGCAAACCUCAACAACAACUCAUACAAGGGCAUGGACGAAACCGCCUUUGCUUUCUCCUUGAUCCCGGCAACAAAACCCACCGAGCGCAAAUCAAUCUUCACUGCUAAUGGCAAAAACCACCAUUUCGCCGUCAAGACUCGGGAUGAGCGAAUCAAUUGGAUGCGUGAACUUAUGCUCGCCAAAGCUCUGAAGAAGGGCAAAGAAGCAGGAAACGAGAUCAAGAUGAACGGAAAUUUCAUCUGA